UCAAGCAAACCAAAAGCAAAACAAAAGACACCCACUUUUGCCAUUUCUCAUUUCCUCUCUAACUUCUCCUUUCUGCCUUGCUUCUUUCUUUCUCAUUGCCGUCUCUCUGUGAUUCGAAUAAAGAUUUUGCAGACAAAAGGAAUAAAGCUUGUCUAACAGAGAAAAAAAAGAGAGCUUUCGAGCAAAAGGAGACGUAGUUUGCAUCAUGAACGAGAAGGCUAACGUUUCUAAACAACUUAACGCUAAACACAGAAAGUUGUUUUUCAAUAGAGCGAGUUGCACUGCUCUUCAUAUUUAAGCUGUCAAUUGUGGUUGGUGAGCCUAAGGUGUCCGACGCCAAGGCCCACGAUAUUGGAGGGCCUUCUUAAGUUACCUGAGAAUAGAGAGUGCGCAGACUGCAAAAGCAAGGGACCACGUUGGGCUAGUGUAAAUCUAGGAAUAUUCAUUUGCAUGCAAUGUUCAGGGAUUCACAGAAGUCUUGGAGUACACAUAUCAAAGGUGAGGUCUGCUACUUUAGAUACAUGGCUUCCAGAGCAGGUUUCUUUUAUUCAAUCCAUGGGCAAUGAGAAAUCAAAUAAUUACUGGGAAGCGGAGUUGCCUCCCAAUUAUUACAGAGUUGGAAUUGAGAAUUUCAUUCGUGCAAAGAUGCUUAUUUUCUUCAUUAGGUAUGAAGAAAAGAGAUGGAUUCCCAGGGGUCGAAAGCCAAAAUUACCUUCUAGUGUGAGUGAAGAGAAGGAAUCACUUUAUAGACAACCUAGAAGUGGUGGUUAUAAGUACAUGAAUAAUGUAAAUCAUGUUUCAGAAGAGAAGAAAGUUAUUCACCCAUCUAUUGCGAAUAACAGCAUUCCUACUCCUAAAAGUUGCUCUCAAGCGCAUGUUAAUGUUCCUCAGAAGGUUACACCUGAUACAAGACCACAAGAACCUCUACAGAAUUCUGAGCCAUCAGUCUCAAUUGCUGAAUCUCCAAAUCAGGAGGUUAAUCCAACUCCAUCAGUCUCAAAUGCUGAAUCAAUAAAGCAGGAUGUUAAGACUACUUCAUCAGCAGCAGCACCCAAAACAGAUUAUGCCACUGAACUUUUCAAUCUGCUCUCCAUGGGGGAUUCUAGAGAAAAUGGCUCAAAGACUUCUGCUCAUCAUAAUUUCUGGGCUGGUUUGUCAUGUAUGUUUCCUGCCAUAAUAAUCCUUUCAAGACAACUACUAUUACUACUUUUAAUGCCCUUUUCUCUAUCUGAUCACUUCUUUAGUUUCUUGCUGAGGGUUGUUAAAUAUAGUAAUGUAAAUUUGGUAAUCACUUUUAACCUUCAACCUAUCAAUUUUGCAGCUGCUGAAGCAAAAUCCUCCAGGGUGGCUAGUGAUUCAUCAAUCGUAAGUCAAACCAAGGUGCAACAUAAAAAUGGAAUUGAGGAUCUAUUUAGAGAUUCAGCAACAGUAAAACAAACUUUUCCAGAGAAACCACAGGAAGACGCUAAACCUGAUAUUCAGUAUUCGUCAAGUAUGGUGUCUUCAUCUUCUACCCAUCAAAAACAACUUGCUAUGCUUUCCCAACAACAGUCCUUCAUGGCUACUGCUGCGAAGCCUAAUGGUGGAUCCCAAGCCUUUCCUGUAAAUGCACAUCACGGCAUGCAUUUUCCUGCUCCAAAUUCUGGAAGCAUUGGGCAUCAAGUUCCUAGAGUGGUGAUGCCAGUCGCUGGUCUACAGAAGCAUAUGCUGGUGGGAAGCAACCAACAGAUGUACUCGGCAGGAAAUUCAGUUAAUUUCCCAACUUCCAGCUUGCACACACCGGGGCCAGGAGUUCCACCAACCAUUGGCAUGAAAAGCAUUGGAGGUAGGCCUAUCUCAGCAUCUCCAGUUCCAUCAAUGACCCCAUCUCAAUGGGGAAAAGAUUAUGAUUUCUCGUCGUUAACGCAAGGGAUGUUUACAAAGCGGUAACUCAUUGGCAGAACCAUGGUUGAACAGAUGGUUUUUCUUUGCAUUACACAUAAUCAAAGGGGAGUAUAUAUUUUAUUUUCUGUGCAUUCUCCAUAAGAUUUGUCUGCCCUUCUCCUCAGGUGGCGAAGGAUUUAUUCAUUUAGAUUUAUUGGAUACUGGUUUCAUUUUUAUAAUAAUCCAUUUUAUAAGCAGUGUGCUGAUGUAAUAAAGGCUGAUUGUUCUUAUCUUAUUGAAGAAGCAAUGAAGAUAUUGACCUGUAA